GGGGUGCAUAUGCAAACAGUGCAAACACUCUCCAUGAAUCGACGGCUUCUUUUUCGAAGCUCCGCGUGUCCCAACUGAGCGACAGCACUUGUUCCUCAAGGACGUUCCCGCAACCACGAUGAAUCCAAUGAAUGGCCCAGGGGCGCCUCCUCUUUGGCAGGAGGCUCGAAAUGCUGAAGGGAGGGUAUACUAUUACAAUGUUCAGACAAAAGCCACGCAAUGGGCUAAGCCUGUCGAGUUGAUGACUCCCGUCGAGCGAGCUUUGGCGAAUCAACCAUGGAAAGAAUAUACUACUGAGGGUGGCCGAAAGUAUUGGUACAAUACGGAGACCAAGCAAAGCACUUGGGAGAUACCAGAUGUCUAUAAAAACGCCUUGGCGCAAGCCCAAGCAGCCCAACCUCCACCCGCAGCGGCUCCGACAUUUGUCGCAGGCGGAGUCAGCUCGUUUUCCUCUUAUCCACAGCAGCGUGAACGCGAAGACUACGACCGAGGAUAUGGCGAUAGGCGUGGUGGAUAUGGCUCGGUUGAUGCUAAUGGACUCGCGGCUGCUUCUAUGCUGGGAACACCUGCGGAGCCAGAAUACGGCUCGCUCGAAGAGGCGGAAAGUGCGUUCAUGAAGAUGCUUAAACGCCAUAAUAUACAACCAGACUGGACUUGGGAACAGACUAUACGCGCGACGAUUAAGGAUCCUCAAUACCGUGCUCUGAAAGAUCCUAGAGACCGCAAGGCAGCCUUUGAAAAAUAUGCGGUCGAGGUUCGCAUGCAGGAAAAGGAUCGGGCGAAAGAAAGAUUCGCUAAGCUUAGAGCAGAUUUCAAUACCAUGCUGAAGCGCCAUCCUGAAAUUAAGCAUUACAGUCGCUGGAAGACCAUCCGGCCGAUCAUUGAAGGUGAGACCAUCUUCAGGUCUACAGACGAUGAAAGUGAGAGGCGUCAACUCUUCGACGAGUAUGUCCUCGAGCUCAAGAAGGAGCACGCCGAACAGGAAUCCGUCAAGCGUAAAGCUGCAAUGGAUGAGCUGGUCAACAUACUGAAGUCGCUCGAUCUCGAGCCGUACACACGUUGGUCUGAAGCACAGGCCAUUAUUCAGUCAAAUGACCAAGUUCAAAGUGACGAUAAGUUCAAAUCCCUCAGCAAGUCUGACUUUUUGACUGCCUUUGAGAACCAUAUUAAGGCUCUUGAGCGGACAUUCAAUGAUGCGCGCCAACAACAGAAAGCUGCCAAGGCAAGAAAAGAGCGCCACGCUCGUGAGCAGUUCAUUGAACUAUUGAAAGAACUGAGGUCCCAGGGCAAGAUUAAGGCCGGCAGCAAAUUCAUGAACAUCUACCCAUUGAUCAAAGAAGACCCACGCUACCUUGGAAUCUUGGGCAACUCGGGGUCAUCUCCCCUAGACCUUUUCUGGGAUGUGGUCGAGGAAGAAGAGCGGUCACUUCGGGGCCCGCGUAAUGAUGUUUUGGAUGUCCUUGAUGACAAACGUUUCGAGGUUACGCCCAAGACUACCUUUGAGGAAUUUCAUAACGUUGUCCUUGCUGAUCGUCGCACAGCAAAUCUUGAUCAAGAAAUUCUUCAACUUCUCUUCCAGCGCAUUCAAGAUAAGGCUAUCCGAAGGACUGAAGAGGAGAAGCAUGCAGCCGACCGUCAUCAGCGCCGUGCGAUCGAUGCCUUGCGCUCACGGAUGAAACGCCUAGAGCCCCCUAUCCGGCCAACAGAUACUUGGGAUCAAGUGCGUCCGAGAGUAGAAAAAUAUGAGGAGUAUAAGGCCAUCGAAUCGGACGAACUUCGACAAGCUGCCUUUGACAAGGUCAUUCGCCGCCUGAAAGAAAAAGAAGAGGAUGCUGAUCGGGACCGUGACCGAGAUCGUGGUAGCCGGCGCGAUCAUUAUGACCGCAGUGACCGUGAUCAUCGUAGCUACAGAGGUGAGCGCAGAGGAGCUUCCAGCCGUCAUAGCCGUACUCCUGAGCCCGAUGCCUACGAAGCUGAUCGGCGUAAAGCCCAGGCCGACCGGGAGCGUUCUUACCGGAAAGCCAGUGGGCUUUCGCCAGUGCGAGAGAGACGAGAGGAACGUGAUCGAGACAGGGACCGCGAUAGAGAGCGCUACCGCGAGCGUGACCGUGAUUGGGAUCGGGAACGAAGCACUCGUUCCCUCAGCCACUAUGACCGCGAACGCCGCGAUCGGGAAGAAGAGCGUGAAAGGCUGUAUCGCACUCGCGGAGAUCCACGGGGCAAUCGAGAUGAGCUUGACUACGGUGCUGACACUCGAAGCACCGUCAGCAAUGACCGUCGGCGCAGGCGCGAUAGCGACACAGAAAGCGUUGCCAGUCGGUCUGCUAAACGCUAUCGCCGUGACAGUCGUGAGCGAGAGCGCAGUGGAGGUGCCAAGCGCGAUAAGGACCGUCGCGAACGCACCCCGGCUGUAGAGGAAGCAAAGAAGGAGGAGAAGGCCGUUCAUUCAGGUAGUGAAGAAGGAGAGAUUGAAGAAGAUUAGGCAUUAUAGUGGGAUGAAUAUGCAAUUAGGAAGUCAAUACAUGGAUGUAAAACGAACAAAGAGAACCACCUGGCCGGGGCGAGAUGUUAAU